UGUAAGCAAGAUUGUAGCAAAGAUGCCACCGACCGUGCACAAGGAGACCAAUUUCUCCACCACAGACCUGAAGUGGAAGAUGUCUCUGAUCCAGCCGACCGGUGAACUGAGCGCCAAGAUCAAGGAGGAGCUGCGCGAGCCAGCGAACCCGGCCGACAUUGAGCGCGACAUUGGCAUCAUCCGCGAAUGGUUGGGCAAGCAGCCGCAUCUGCCCAAGGAUAUGGACGAUGCCCGCCUGCGCACCUUCCUGCGUGGCUGCAAGUUCAGCCUGGAGCGCGUCAAGCAGAAGCUGGACAUGUACUACACCAUGCGCAAUGCCGUGCCGGAGUUCUUCACCGAGCGUGAUGUGAGCCGUGCGGAGAUGGCCGAGGUGCUGAAUGUGAUCCAUAUGCCGCCACUGCCGGGUCUGACCCCGAAUGGAUGCCGUGUGGUGAUGCUGCGCGGUACCGAUAAGGACAUCGCCACCCCGAACGUUGUCGAGUCGAUGAAGGCCACGCUGAUGAUCGGUGACAUCCGUCUGGCGGAGGAGUCGGUCGGUGUUGCUGGUGAUGUGUACGUGCUGGAUGCGAGCGUUGCCACCCCGACGCACUUCGCCAAGUUCACGCCGGGACUGGUGAAGAAGUUCCUGAUCUGCGUGCAGGAAGCGUACCCAGUCAAGCUGAAGGAGGUGCACGUCAUCAACGUGUCGCCGAUCGUCGACACGAUCGUCAACUUCGUGAAGCCCUUCCUGAAGGAGAAGAUCCGCGAGCGUAUCCACAUCCACAGCAACAUCGAGGAUCUGUACAAGUUCGUACCGAAGGCGAUGUUGCCGAGCGAGUACGGUGGUGAUGCCGGCUCGUGCAAGGAGCUGAACGAUGCGUGGCGCGCCAAGAUGGGCGAAUACACCGCCUGGUUCAAGGAGCAGGAAGGUUCCAAGGCGAACGAAUCGCUCAGACCGGGCGCACCAAAGACGGCCGAUGAGCUGUUCGGCAUGGACGGUACCUUCCGACAGCUGACCAUCGAUUAAGCCAGUCAUCUUCUCCAUAACAAACCCAACCCAACCCAUCAUCCACCGAUGCUACGUCAUGAACCCGCUUCGAAUCAUCUCAUCAAGUGUGUGAAUCUUCCGGUACCGUGGCUCUCUCGCAUAGCUUGCCCACUGUACAGCUAUGGACAGCACCCGGUACGGAACGAGCACGAGCAUAACGAAAAGAAUCAAAAAAAAGAAUCCAU